AUGAGCUUCCAGGACAUUGAAGCAGGCCAUGCGCAGCGUCCAUACUCGCCCAACAAUGGUCUGCCAAAAUCCCAGGAGGAGGCUGCGUUUCUCAGCCUACAGUCGUCACUCUCGUUGCAAGUCUUCAAGAUCAACUCUAAUGUACAGGGAAUCCUAAAGUUGGUGGACCAGUUGGGCACCACUCGUGAUUCGCAGACAUUGAGAAAAUCUCUCCAUGAUUUGACCGAAGCGACCCGUGAGAUGGCGAAACGUGGGUCGGACGACCUGAAGAAACUUGCAGCACUACAGGCAACCUUGCCCCGGCACAAAACUUCGUUGCAGAAGACUUCACACGAUUUCCAACUUUCCCUCGUUGCGUUCCAGCGGGCGCAGCAGGUCAGCGCAGAGCGACAACGGACAGUAGUUGAGGGCGUGAAGAUUGCCAUCGAGGAAGAAGGUGCAGCGGAGCAACCCGAGCCCGGUACAUCGCCUUCGCAACGGCAGGCUCAGAUUUUGCAUAACCAGCUAUCGCCGCAGGAACUAGCCUUCCAGGAGUCCCUUGUUCAAGAGCGUGAAGCCGAGAUCAGGGAGAUUGAGACGGGUAUUCAUGAGCUCUCAGAGAUCUUCAGAGAUCUUGGUACACUUGUCUCAGAACAAGGCGGCAUGCUUGAUAACAUCGAGUCCAACAUCUCCUCUAUCGCUGUCGACACCUCCGGCGCUGCGGAAGAGCUGAGCACUGCGCAUGAAUAUCAGCGCCGGGCGGGCAAACGCGCGUUGUGCCUUAUGCUUAUCCUUAUUGUGGUGGUCGCCGUCGUCCUCCUAGCCAUCCUGUCAUGA